CGACCCCGCCCCUCGUCGUCGGGAGCGCGCAGAGAGGGAGGGGUUCAUCACUCUACUCCGAUCCCGAGGAGAGAAAAAAAAAAAACUGGCAACGAGGAAAAGAGGAGUGAACAAGGCGACGCGGAAGAUAGCCUAGCUAGUGUGUAUGGAGCAGUGUGAGAAUGCCGCGUCUCUCCUGGCGUCCGUGCGCGAGCAGGAGAUGCAGUUCGAGCGUCUGACUCGAGCUCUCGAGGAGGAGAGGAGGAGCGUGGGGCCAUCCGGUACCCUGCCCCGUCCCCUCCCCACGCUGCAGAACGGGCGUAUCCCUGGUGAUGCAGAGUUAGAGCGGCUCAAAAUAAACGAGGGAUACAUCAACGGGACACAGUACAGGAUGUUGGACCCAGGUCACCUUGUCGAGGAGACGGUCACAGUGGAGGAGGACCCCCAGGAGAUGAUACCAGUUGUUUCUGUUGAAACCAGUGAAGAUGGCACCACACGCCGCACUGAAACCACAGUGAAGAAAGUCACUAAGACCACAACCACUCGCACCGUUAUACCCUCAGUCUCUGACACACUCUCUCUGGAUGGAACUGGUUCUGUCACCGGUGUGGGUGGAUAUAAUGCCCCUAUAGAUCGUGUGUACAGACAGCCAGGACACAUGGACUACCCAACUCAUACAGUCCCUAGAAAUUACCACUAUGGGCCACCGGGGGGGUAUGAUGACUACCGUAGUGGACCACCCUCUGAAACCUAUGCCAGCCUCACCCGAGGGGCUCGUAUGGAUGACCGCUAUAGACCUGUGGAUGGUUACCGAACAUUGGACCCUGGCUACCGUGUCCACAGCAGGCCCCAGCUGGACCCAUAUGCAGCUCAGCCACAGGUAGGGCGCAUGGGCAGUGCUAUGGAGAUCUCUGGCAUGCAGCGAUUUGUUGCAGAGCCCUAUGGUUUGGAGGACGACCAGAGGAGCCUGGGAUACGAUGAGCCUGAUUAUGGCAUGGGGCCCCCUAUGCACUACAGCACCAUGCCCCGGUUAGGGCAUCAUGCUCCACCUCCACGCAGGACUGGAUCCUAUGAGGGUACUCUGGAUGGGGAUAUGAGUGGAGCAGGGGAUAUGUAUUAUUGGGGAGGCGGUGCUCCUUUGGCACAGGGAGAAAGGGGAAGCAUGGCAUCGCUGGACAGCACACUGCGUAAAGGCCCUGCCCCAACAACAUGGAGGCAGCCCGAACUGCCCGAGGUCAUCGCUAUGCUCAACUAUCGUCUGGACCCAGUCAAGAGCAAUGCUGCUGCUUACCUUCAACAUCUCACAUUUAAAAAUGAUAAGGUCAAAUCAGAAGUAAGGCGUCUGAAGGGCAUACCCGCUUUGGUAUCCAUGUUGGAUAACCCGAAGAAGGAGGUCCAUCACUCUGCAUGCGGUGCUCUGAAGAACAUAUCAUUUGGACGAGACCCUGACAACAAAAUUGCCAUCAAGAAUUGUGACGGAAUCCCUGCUCUGGUGCGCCUGCUGAGGAAGACCAGAGAUCAGGAUCUGACAGAUACCAUUACAGGGACUCUGUGGAAUCUGUCAUCUCAUGAUUCAGUCAAGAUGGAAAUUGUGGACCAUGCACUCCAUGCGCUGUCUGAUGAAGUGAUGGUUCCACACUCAGGCUGGGAGAGAGGGAAUGAUGGAGGAGAGGAGAGUUGCAAACCCCGCCACCUGGAAUGGGAGACUGCUCUUACUAACACUGCUGGCUGCCUGAGGAAUGUGAGCUCAGAGAGGAGCGAAGCCAGGAGGAAGUUAAGAGAAUGCUCUGGCUUGGUUGACUCGCUCAUGUACAUUGUCCAAUCCCAGAUUAACUGUAAAGAUGUGGACAACAAGUUGGUGGAGAACAGCGUUUGUCUCUUGCGGAAUCUAUCCUAUCAGGUACAUCGGGAAGUGCCAGGUUGUGAGCGUUACCAGGAGACUGCACCUAUCAAUCAAGGCCCUGCCCCAGCUAAUCAUAAGGGUGGUUGCUUCAGCUCCCGCAAGGGCAAAGACGAGUGGUUUUCCAAAGGGAAGAAAGAUGACGAUGGAAUCACAGACACAAUUGACAUUCCAAAGAGGACCACCCCAGCCAAAGGUUAUGAACUGCUUUUCCAGCCAGAGGUGGUUCGAGUGUACUUAUCACUGCUGAAAGAGAGUAAGAAUCCUUCUGUUCUAGAAGCUUCUGCAGGAGCCAUCCAAAAUCUGUGUGCAGGCCGCUGGACCUAUGGACGUUACAUCAGGGCAAUGACCAGACAGGAGAAAGGAUUGCCCCUGUUCACUGAGCUGCUGGCUCAUGGGAAUGACCGUGUGGUCAGAGCCAUGUCCGGGGCCCUAAGAAACUUGGCUAUUGAUGCUCGUAACCGGGACCUUCUUGGAAGACACGCUAUACCUAACCUAGUGGCGAACCUGCCAGGUGGUGGGCAGAGCCAGCCUGUGCGUAACCUCUCUGAAGAGACCGUGGUUUCGGUGCUGAGCACUCUGGCAGAGGUGGUCGGCUCCAGCGUGGAUGCAGCCAAGCUCCUGCGCAGCUCACAAGGCAUUGAGAGAUUGGUGCUCAUCAACAAAGAUGGUAACCGUUCCGAUAGGGAGGUACGUGGCGCUGGCCUGGUGCUGCAGGUUGUGUGGGGAUUUAAGGAGCUGCGGCGCACGCUGGAGAAAGAUGGCUGGAAGAAAUCCGACUUUGUGGUGAACGUGAACCCUCCCACCAACACCCGUACCAACGGUGGCUAUGAGGACAGCAGCACCCUUCCACUCAUCGACAGAGGAGGAAAGCAGGACAGAGACAGAAACAUGAUUCCCAUGAAUGACUUGGGAUCAGACUCCUAUGCUACACUGGAACAGAGAGGACGGAGAAACACAUUGGAUGACACUCUAGAACCUACAGACAAUGAUAUUCAGAAAAACUGAUAGUGUGUAUUACUCGUGGUGAGCACCCUGUUCCUGCCUACUGUCCCUGCUGAACCUCGUCACGAAGGGACCACAGCCACUAAUCAAUUACGCAAAGAAUCUUUUCCUCCAUCAACCCUUCUUACUUCCUCUCACCUUCUGCUUCUUGAUCUGUCUUCUAAGAUCCAAACGACUGACUGCCACUACUAGGCAAAAACUGUAGUCAUUUUUAUUUUCUGGUACUUUAAAUCCAUGCCACUCAUUUUAUAAACUUAGAAACACCAGAGACUGAAACACUACAGAGCUUUUUUUUUUUUUUUUUUUUCCUUUUUUUUUUUUCUUUUUAAUCUUUUAAGUGUUCUCAUGUUUUAUUUUUUAACACUAUACAUACUGUGCAUUAUGCCCUAAAAUGGUUGAUCACUCAAAUGAAUUCUACAUUAUGAUCUGGUUUAAUUCCUCCUACUACACUGACAAUGUUUCUUAUUUACUGACAACUUUUUUCCAACAUGACACUAUACAGUAAGUAUUCUUGCUACCACUAAGUUUAUGCUGUUGUUGUUUUGCCCCUUAAUAUUCUUGAAACACUAAUGACCUUGUUGUAAAACUUAUUUUCUUUGGAGGUUAUUUAGCUGUAAGAUUUGGUUCCAUUUUUCUGUACUGAUGAACAUUUUAUUUUGCCAAAUUACACCACUGUCUUGUGAGUUACAAUUAAAAACUAAGAGUUAGUGUG